GGUUCCCCGAGUUCUCCGUUAGGCUUGCUGAUUGCGCUUGGAGCAAAAACAGCUGCGAUUUUAUUUACGUCGGAAGUUUGCGGCUUUUAACCGAGACUUGGAUCCGGAAUGAACCGCACAAAUGAGCUUUGAUGCGACAUAGGCAAACGAUACACAAGAAUAUUUGUUGCUCUUCAAUCGAAGUAGUUCACCAUGGAUAGAGAGACGGUGAUUUCGAUAUUGUUUUCGCCAUGGUGCAUCGCCGUGGGAACGGUGACCGCCCUCUACUACUAUCAGACCAAAAACUUCACCUACUGGCAAAACAUGGGGGUGCCUUUUCAGAAGCCACACCUGCUUUUCGGCAACACUGGCAAACGAAUCACCUUUAAAAUAUCCUAUGCCGAAAUGCUAGUUGAACUCUAUCAACAAUUCGACGGCGAAAAAAUUGCAGAAUAUUUGAGAAAAAACUUCCACAAACCCUUAUCAGGAAUUUAUGAAGGAAGACUGCCUCGGCUUAUGAUCAGAGACCCUGAACUUCUAAGGCAAGUAAUGGUGCGCGACUUUGACAGUUUCGUAGACAGGGCUGUUAUUUCAAUCCACCCAAAUUCAUAUGAAGAAAACAUGAUGCUCUCUCUAAGGGGCUCUCACUGGAAGGCGGUCAGAUCUGUUGCAACUCCAAUUUUCUCAUCAGGAAAAAUUAAGGCAAUGUCGCACCUGGUGACAAAAUGUGCAGACCAAAUCAGUGAGUACCUGGACGAGUAUGUCAUUCCCAAAGGUGGUGAGGUGGACGCAAAAGAAUUGUUCGGCCGAUUCACCCUGGACGUGAUCGGCACCUGUGCUUUCGGCGUCCAGUGCAACUCCCUGCAGGACCCUGACGCCGAGUUUGUCAGGGUCAUCUCCAAGUUCAUGGAAAUGUCCAUUUGGAUGCGCGUCCGCCUGUUUUUUUCCCUGCUGAUCUGCGGCAGUGCCACCCUGGCCAGGCUGAUGGGCGUGCACUUCAUGAACCAAGAAACAGUGCGCUACAUCGCCGGCCUGGUUUUCAACAGCAAAAAGGAAAGGGUUGCACAAAACAGCCAGCGAGUGGACUUCCUCAAACUCAUGUUCGACGCUCAGGCGGGAAAACUGCAGAAGGCAGCGGAGCAGUCCAAGGAAUUGUUUGAAAAGGACGCACAACUUGCGACGGCCGCAGCUCAUGAAGAGAAAGUCCCAAAAACAGUUUUGACUGAUGAAAUGGUGGUUGGCCAAUGCCUACUUUUCCUACUGGCUGGUUACGACACUUCCAGCACCCUCCUAUCCUUCGCGGCAUAUGAACUUGCCCUGAACCCUGAAAUUCAGGAAAAAGCCAGAGAGGAGGUAUUGGCGGCUGUGGAGAAAAGUGAUGGCGAGUUGUCCUAUGACACCCUGAAUGACAUGCCUUAUCUUGAAAACGUCCUCAUGGAGACCCUGAGGAGGCACCCUCCCGUUUCCAGGGUAGAGAGGUCCUGCACUGUUCCUUCCUAUACUAUCCCUGGGACCUCCGCAGUCCUGAAAAAGGGCGACAUCAUCAUGAUCCCCAUCAGAGGACUCAGUCUUGACCCGAAACACUUUCCAGACCCUCUCAAAUUCAACCCUGACAGGUUUUUACCAGAAGAAAGGGCGAAACGGUCUCCGUACGUGUUUAUGCCGUUCGGAAGUGGGCCAAGAAAUUGCAUAGGAAUGCGAUUUGCCAUGAUGAGCACCCGACUUGCCAUGGCCACUCUGUUAAAGAGUUACAAAUUUGAAACGUGCCCUAAAACACAAGUUCCGUACUCAAUUUCCAAAGGCGGCAUUCUUCUCAAGGCUAAGGACGGCGUUUGGGUCAAAAUCUCCAGGAUUUAAUAUUUUCAAAUAAUAUUAUACUGUAUUUUUAAUUAGAUCUGAUUACAUCCGUGAAAUAUGUUUUAAUUAUUCUUUGAGUUGCCGUAGUGCGAUAGUGUGACAGUAAUUUUAGCAAAGUUCAAAAUCGACACUAAUAAAAUUUUUAAGUAAAAUA